AGACGUAAGAGAAACGAACCGAAUGCUUCGUCGCACGCUACGUGGCUUUCAGCUGCAGCGGCAGCACUACGCAGACAGCAUCGCGUACUCGUCGGCGUUUGCCUCCCGCAACGAGCACGAUGUGUGCCCUUAUCAACGUGCCACCGCGCUUUACUCCCCUGCGGCCGCGUCCAUCCGACGCCGCAAGUGGCACGGCGAGCGGCAGAAAAAGUACGAGGCGAAGCGGAAGCUCAUUUCCGCCAUCGCACGGGAGGAUCUUGGUAUGAACAGGUAG